AUGAGUCAUCUUCUGGAUGGCUUGAAUGCAGAAGUUCUGGAAUGGUUCUUUGUUUGUCGAGUUUUCGCCGUGUUUGCAGCUGGACUUUGCCUUAUAGCCACAUUUCUUCAACUGGUCUAUUUCUGUUGUCCAAAGCAAAUGAUCAGAGCUCAAUCUAUGUAUAUGCUUGGCUGUGCAGGUUUGUUUAUUUUGAUGUCUGUGUUCAUCUUCAUCGCUAUGUACCAAGUAGCCCAACAGAAAAAUAGCUACACUGAUAUUGAAAUUCGACUUGGUUAUCCUGUUGGGUUUUGCAUAAUUGCCGGAGUCUUAGCUAUAGCGGCCGCCAUUUUAACUGCUGUUUCGUCAAUCGUAGCCGAAAGAGAUAACGAAGACUUUUACUAAAAACUUAAUAUGCUGCUCUGUUUUUCACUUAACUUGUCAUCUUUGCUAACUUAUUUUCUUUCCUUGGUACAGAAAAUUUCAUUUUGGUCUAGCCAUAAGAACAUAGGAGUUUUAAAGAGAGACCCAAGGUUCAGAUUUAUAUAUCAAACGAAUCAAUAGAGAAAAUUUCUGUAAUAUCAUAUAUCACAAAUGUUAUCCUGAUGUAUAAAUCAUAUGAAAGCUCAUACAGUUGAAAUAUAGUUCAACCAACGGCUAGAUUAAUCAGGGAUUUGGAAAUGUAUUCUGAUAAAACAGACAAACUUAAGUAUUCAUCUUUAUGUUCAUGUGUGCACUUGUAUAUUUUGCAUAUGUGCACAUAUAUAUAUGCCUACAUUUGUUUGUAUUAAAAAAAAA